ACUCAAGAGUGACGACAUCAGAGCGCGCCGCUACUGCCGCCGCCGCCAUGAAUAGCGUAGGGGAGGCCUGCACCGACAUGAAGCGCGAGUACGACCAGUGCUUCAAUCGCUGGUUUGCCGAGAAGUUCCUCAAGGGGGACGGCUCCGGAGACCCGUGCACCGACCUCUUCAAGCGCUAUCAGCAGUGUGUUCAGAAAGCAAUAAAGGAGAAGGAGAUUCCCAUUGAAGGACUGGAAUUUAUGGGCCAUAGCAAAGAAAAGCCUGAAAGCUCUUCUUGACCUUGACAGUCACCUUGAAAAUAGACUUCUCCAAUCAGGAAAUUGAGGACACUGGAUUUCGUCAAUUAAGGCUGUGAAAAUAGCCACGGAUUUGAUGAGGAGUUUAGGAGGCAGUAGUCUUCUUUCCUCAUUGAUUUCCUCACUUGUAAAAGAUGAUGAACCAUCACUCUUUGCUUUGAGAUUUCUUACUUGCUCUGGCAUCGUACAGGAACUCCAUGUGCUUAAACUGAAUGAUUGCUUGGGACUAUGGUUGCGAUACUUGGUCUGGGAUCAGCUUUAAAUAUCCUUUUUUAUGUAAAUACUGAUAAACUUGUCAGGAUGAUCAGGGUGGCCUGACCUCUUGAGUUUUGCUGGGAAGAACAUUAGGUACAUUGUACUAGGGUUAUUAUUCAUGGAAGCAAUUUGUUAGGAUCUCUCUUUUCUCUCAGGGAGCUAAGGCUCUGAAAAGGGAUCCCAGCACAACGGUUGUAAUCAAUGCUUGGGAGCACGGUUUUACUUUUAUAAUAACUUUUAAGAUUGCUGGUGGACUGAGUUAGCCAAGAGGAAGACAGCUUUAAGAGUUCCCUGCCUUAAGAGAUGUGAUUUCUGAUUAAGAUGUGAAAGCUUGAAGAAUGUUACAGUACACACCAUUUCGGAGCUCAUAGUGUAGUUUAGGAAUGAAGAUUGUUGGAAUAACAAUGAAGGAAGAUCUUAAAUUGCCAAG